GGGGCCCCUCCCCACUCGGUUCUCUUCUUCGCUUUCUUCUGGUGGAAGCGUUACAUAGAUUUUUGGGGAUAAAGCCCUAGCCCCAGAGAAAGCUGGAGGUGCGCUAAUGGCGGCGGAUGUGGGCUUUUUAGCGCGGAUGCUGAGCGGGUACAAGGAAGAAGGUGAGGGGAAAAGCGAUUUGGUCACCAGGGACCUCCUCGGCGGCGGCGCGGUCCUCAGAUCCCCGGCGGAGGUAGAUCUCGAUCUCCAGGUCCCCGCCGGCUGGGAGCGGCGCCUCGAUCUAUUGUCGGGUAAAACGUACCUCCAGAAGCGCGAAUCCAAUCCGUCGCCCCACAAUCUCCAGGACCUCAACCUGCCGCCGCCGCCCUCCUCCGCCACUGCCGGCGUCCUCCCAGAGAACUCCACCGCCCUCGACCUCAAGCUGGUGGCGCCGGUCCCCUCCGCCGCCGCCUACCAGAGCGUGUGCACCCUUGAGAAGGUGAAGUCCGCGCUGGAGCGUGAGUCCCGCAUCAGGAUCCCCCACCACCGCCCCCGAUCCGACGCCUCUCCUUCGCCCUCGUCCUCGACCACCUCAUCUUCGAUCAAACGGCGCGCGGCUGCAGAUCAGGACGAGGAAGGCGUCACGGAUGGCUCUGAUUCGUCCGGUGGGAUGAUCGCUGCCGCUUGCCCCGGGUGCCUCCUCUACGUACUCAUUGCCAAGGUGGACCCCAGGUGCCCCCGGUGUGACUCGCACGUGCCGAUUCCUACCCUCAAGAAGAAGCUCAGGAUUGACCUCAACUCAUCACAGACUGACUUGUAUUAGCUUGAUGAUGAUAUAUAUAUAUAAAGGAGAAACAGGAUUGCUAAAUUUUCAGCAGGAGGAUACAAGGGGGAAAAAAAAAUAUAUAUAUAUAUAUAUAUGGGAGCUGAUGUUUUCCUUCUCUGUACAAAAGAAUACUGUUUUGGAGUUGAAAGAGAUUUAUUUG